ACUAAUCCAUCCCUAUCUGACAAUUUUCAAAAACAAAUCUCUACACGCACGCUCGAAUGGCGCGUACCUGUAUGUUUUAUUAUUGUAAAUAGUUCAUUUCCGCAAGUCCAGUGCUGUUGUUUUUUAUUUAGUUUAUUUGAUUUAAUUUCAAAUUCCGAAAAUGCACUCCUUUUUUAAAACCGGCAAAUUGGAUGCAUCUUCGAUGACUGGUAUCGGCGAAGACCUGCCGGUAGAAAAGCGUAAUAAAUGUCACUCUGUACCUUGGGUUGAGAAAUACCGACCAAAGAGUGUCGAAGAUGUAGUAGAGCAAGGAGAGGUGGUAGCCGUGUUGAGAGAAUGCUUGUCUACAGCAGAUUUACCCAAUUUGCUCUUAUACGGACCUCCAGGUACUGGUAAAACAAGCACUAUUUUGGCUGCCGCACGACAAUUAUUUGGAGACUUGUUCAAAGAACGUAUCCUUGAACUGAAUGCGUCCGACGACCGUGGUAUUGCUGUUAUAAGAAACAAAGUUAAAUCAUUUGCUCAGCUGACUGCUAGCGGAAUAAGAAGCGAUGGAAAAUUGUGUCCGCCUUUUAAGAUUGUAAUUUUGGAUGAAGCUGAUGCGAUGACACAUGCAGCACAAGCAGCUUUGCGUAGAACAAUGGAGAAAGAAACAAAAACCACCCGGUUUUGCUUAGUAUGUAAUUAUGUCUCGAGAAUUAUUGAGCCCAUUACUUCACGUUGCACCAAGUUUAGAUUUAGGCCUCUUGGUGACGAAAAAAUAAUCGAAAGACUUCGUUCUAUCUGUGAACAAGAAAGUGUUGUUGUCGAUGAACAAGUCUAUAAAGAUAUUGUUGACAUAUCCGGAGGGGAUCUCCGAAGGGCAAUUACAACGCUACAAUCAUGCCACCGGCUUAAAGGAAAAGAGGCUAAAAUCGAGCAUGCAGAUAUUCUAGAAAUGUCAGGUGUUGUACCUCGUAAAUUUCUGGAAGAUUUUAUUUCGGUCUGUAAGGCGGGCAACUACCAACAGCUAGAGGAGUAUGUUAACAAUUUAACUCAUGAUGCAUACAGCAUCGGUCAGAUGUUUGAACAAUUGUCAGACUUUGUCGUAAAUCAUGCUGAACUCAAAGAUAAACAAAAAAGCGUCAUUUGUGACAAACUAGGGGAUUGUUGUUUUCGAUUAUUGGGUGGAGGUUCCGAAUAUGUACAAAUUAUGGAUCUUGGAUGUGUCACAAUUCAGGAACUGCAAGCAUUGUAAGACAUAGAAGGCUGCGUAAUGGGUUUCAAAUUUAAAUAUGUGCCAGUUUACAGGUUAAAAAUUUAUACUCGCCAAUAUAAAACUUUUUCUGCUAUUACAACAUAAUUUUUUCUUUUGCAAAACAUAUUUCAAACCCCAAAAUAUUUUUUUUUAAAUUCCGCCAUAGUUGCAUCAUGUUAGUAUCAAAUCAAAAGUAUGAAUUCUUCAUUUAAGUAAGUUACUAUAAUUUACCAAAUAAAAAUCCGGUUUUUGAA